AUGGCUGCCGCUGUCUUCCUUCAGCAGGCUUCAGGCGAGGCGUGUCCCUGCACCUGGUCUGCUACGGACGCCGCCCUCUCCUGCCGGGACCUCGGCCUCCAGCGCGUCCCCAGGGAUUGCUUCCUGGACCACCCCGAGGCCGUCCUUCUCGACCUCUCGGGCAACAGCAUCGAAAGCCUCGGCGAGGACGACUUCUCUGGGCUGGACGCCGUCGAGGCUCUCUGGCUCAGUCGGAACAAGAUCUCCAGUUUGCACUCAAGGACGUUCCGAAACCUGAGUGCGUUGGCUGAGCUGCAUUUGGACCAGAAUGCCCUGGAGGUGCUUCCGGAGGGCAUGCUCGCCUACCAGCCAAGCAUUCGGGAAUUCUCAGUCGACAACAACAAUCUGAUUAAAUUGCCGCUGUCGCUUUUCGCCGACGGCCUGCAGGCGCCAGUGACGCUCAAUUUAACAAGCAACUACCUGCGUGUUGUGCCUUGUUCCGCUGUAUCUUCCCUGCCAGUCAGCAGCAAUGUGUUAGCUGAUUAUGUCCAGAUCUGGGCUCAGCACGAGGAGGAGAUGGCCGGCUGUUCCCUGCUGAAUCUGCCUGAGCUGGUUAGCCUGUGCAUGCCCGUCGACACUCGCUCCAACAGCAUUGACUGCACUGCCUUGCGGGAGCCUUUCUCGCCUCUCAAGCCUCCCUGGCGGAGAGUGAGAGUCACCGCUUCUUCGACGGGUGGACGGAGCACAUAG